AUGCCCGCGUUUGAAGCUUUCGCAAAUUGUGGAGCUAUAUCACUCCAGAAAGGCCUUGCCUUCUCCUGCAAGGGGCCGGGUAGAUUUGAUUGUGAAGAAUCCAGAAUAUCCUAUACGUUCUGGAGCUCUAUGGACCCUCAGCUUCCAGGGCCGUCAAACGACGACGGCGAACAGCAGACCUACGUAUGGAGAGAGGGAUGGACUUCACGCUGGCACAUCUUAGGCAUGCAAUAA